AGGGAUAAGAAAACUGCCCAACCUCCAACAGAUGGCAAUAGAAUACAUGCUGAUCUUACAAGCCAGGACAGGUUUCUUCACGCUGGGGGUGAUGGUGAGCAACCUGCGGGCGCGGCGUCUCCAGGGGCCCCGUGACCCCUACCACACCUACAUCGCCACCGACGCCUGGCGCCAGAAGGACAGGGAGCACUUCCAGGCCAAGGUCAUCGAGAGCUACAAGCUCUGCUGCGUCCUGGAGAACCAGCUGGCCGUGGAGCAGCCAGGCACCAGGAUCUCUGAGGAGAAACCUUCCUAGGGAAAAGGGGGGAUGGACGGCGCGUGGCGCGGGGACGAUGCGAGUGGUGCCUGCUGUGGGAGCUGCUGGCCCUUCUGCAGGGCCACAAGGCUUGGCCAGGCUGGAGGAGCUGUGCUGCUGAAGCUGAUGGAGCUGGGAGAUCCCAGUGCUGCCCCAGCACCUGCCACCGUGUGGGAAUCACAGCGAGGCAACAUUGGGAUUCCCACGGAACACCACAGACUCAUCGGCUUCACCUUCUGAGCUAGGGCUUGCUGCCAGAG